AUGACUGCGGAUGAAGCCAAGAUGCAAGAAUAUGUGGAGGCUGACGGUUACUUGAAGGAGUGUUUGCAGGAGACACCCAACACCUCGUUGAUGUCUCUUGACCGUGUCCGAGCACUUCGGACACGAACCGAGCUGCUCGGCAGUGUCGAAGCUGUCGAGGAAAGCUUCGCAUCAGCAACGAAUGGCAUGCAUUUCUUGCAGCAGAUCGGCGGAGCUUUGAAAACGAUCGUGAACCAACACGUUUCGGCAGCCCAAGCGCUCAAGAAAGCUCGGCAGCAAGAAGCCGAGACACAUCGGAAAGAACAGCAGAGACAAGUGAAGGAAAAGGAACGAGAAGACCAAAAGAAGGCUAAGCUGCAGAAACAGCUUGCCAAUGCCGCCAAGAACGAGGGGUCCCCAUCGGGCCCAGCAGCAGGAGGGGAUGCCAAGCGCCGCCGCCUGUGCCCGUCCGCCUUCAGCGAGAGCGACCCAGCGGUGCUGACAGCGCAGGGCUGGUCGGAACGACAGGUGACUGUUGUGGAAAACUACGCAUCGGCUGCGGGCAAGAUCUUGGAGGGUGACAAUGUCAUCAUUCGCUGCCGAAGAGCAAACAUCAAAAAAGCUAUGGAGGUUGCUUGGCGUCGCAUCAAACUCGAGGUCUUGGCGGAGAUCAAAAGCUUUUUGGGUGAGCUGCCGCAUCUGUUCGAGGAAACCCAGAAGCCCCGGCAUGCAAAGCUCUUGGACGGUGACUCUCUUGCCACUGCUGCCUUGAACAUGUGUAUGCAUGACCAGCUUCGGGACAACUAUGAGCGUUACUACCUGGAGGAUCAUGCUCUACGACCACGGACUGGUGUGGUGCUCGACUUCCACGGCCUGAAGGAGAAGCUUGGUGCGAAGGACAGCAAAGGGGCUGCGGCUCAGGACACUGAGGACUCGGAGUGCCUUGGAAAAUUGACGACGGUGCACCUGAUCGGAGAGCAGGUGGACAAGGUUCACCAGCAUACGAUGCCCGGAGGAAUGGGUGCGAUUGUCUUCCAGGCGCUUGGUUGCAAGCGCUUCACCGUCGCCGGUGUCCUGGACGUGAUGAAGCUGCCUCCCGAUAGCCUGAAAGACAAAAUGGAAGCCUUCAUGAAGCUGACGCCGGAGAUUGCUACCAAACACGAUAUGAAUGUGUUGUCCGGAGCCCUGCUGCCAGGCAUUUGGAUGUGGUGUAGUGAGGCUUGUAACUUCGUGAGUUGA